GGUUUUUUGACAAGUGCCGAGUGUUGUGUUGUGAAUUGUGCCUGAGGAUUAGUGCGAGAUCUUCAAGGACUUGACAGCCUGCUCCAGUGGAGGAGGGAUCCCCAGGAUGUCAACGUCGGGGGCUCAACGAUCCGAUCCUUCCACCAAUAUAUCAAAUAAACCAAGCAGAGUUCAUCAUCAAUCGACAAUACAUCUCAACAUAUGUACCUGCCACGUAACUAACGCACACGCAAUCAUUGAUUAAAAUCAAUACUGCCAUAAUACAACGAUUCAAUGAAUCAAAUAGCGAUUGAAUUAAAUCGGUUGUAGUUAAGAUGAGACGGGUGAGGAGGUGUUGUGAUUUUCGCCAGAGAUAUAUCCCAGGGUAAAACGAUACUUGGGACGAUGAAUGAAUGAUAUUAAUCGACAAUUAGAGUAGAAGAAUCAUCAAGUGGUGUAAGACGAUCGUUUGAAUCGAGACUUGAGACAAUUGAUCAGAGGAGAAAAUAAAUAGAUAAGAUGUUGGGUGUCAGUCAGCCAAGCAAUCCACCAUCGAGUCUACGGCAUUCAGCGAGUUUCUCCUGUCUUCAAAGAACCUCUGGUGAGGGUGGACAUCGGGCAAGAACAUCGACUCUUCCUCAACAGCCAAAUCUACAGCUAUCAGCUGCACAGCAUUACGGUGGACCAAGCUCGUUGCAGCAGUCAUCAAGACAAGUUGAUAUUGACUGUAUUCCUGAUAGUAACGAUUACGGUUUUGUUAGAACACGACCGAGAUUACGCAGCACCAAUUCAACAGUUCUGAGAGAAGAGCAGGAGCGCCACUGCCAGCAGAAAUUCUAUGAUUCUGAGUGUGUUUAUUCGCAAUCAUCAAAGAUCAAGGAUAGAGAGAUACUUGAGGCAACGAAAAAUCGAGAGAUUGUUAAGAAUCAAAAUCCUUUGAGAGGUGCACUAAUUCUGUUCACCGCUUCAACGUCAUCCUGGUGGAAGGCAAAGCAGAGAGAGGAGUUGUCAGGCAAUUCUAUGGUGACACCUCUGUCGUGCGGUUCAGAGACCAGCAGAAAGUGGUCAAACGGCUCCACAAUGACACCUCCAUCAUCCGAGAGGAAGUGGCUGCCCCUGACAUCAUCUGGUGUACCGUCCAGUGAGCGCAAGUGGUCUUGCAAUUCAAUAACCUCUCAAGAGAAUGACAGAAAGUGGACAAGUGCAUCUGUUUCGCCAACAUCGAACAAUCAGGAUCGCAAGUGGAGAUCAUUGGGUGCACUUCUUCGAACACCAGUUACUCAGGUGUCCCAAGCAAGUCCCAAUGCAUUUGGGCAGAAUAUGAGUGUAUCAUUGAUUGAAAAUGGUCAUGAUCCACGCGAGUGCUCCACUGUUGGAUCAUCUGGGAAGACAAUGAGGUACCCACAGCCGACAUCAUACUCCGCUAGAGUAUCGAGAACUAGCAGAGACACGUACAGAGAGAGUGGUGACUUCACCCAGAGAUCGAGCAAGGUCAGUCGAAGACUCUACCAAGAGUCAAAUGAUCUGUCCGAGAGUGAGGAGCAGAAGAGAAAGACAAGGCACUGUGAGGAGGAGUCGAAGCUCAAGGGCCAGACUAUCGAGGCGCGUGCAACAUCAACUAGAUCGGGUAGAGCCCAGAGUUUCUAUCUUCUCGAUGACUUUCUCAAGCCCCAACCGCAAUCAUCAAAGUGCUCAAUGAACUUUCAUCUACCUUCGUUCUACAAAACUGAGAGGAAUGCUAGAUUGAGUGAAACUAAACCAGUUAGCGUUAGAAAUCCAACCAACAUAACACCACCACGACGUCACAAUUCAAGUUCAGACAGUCUUGAAGUUGCAACGAGCCCAUUACCACCACCGGUACCACCACCACCACCACCUGAGGCUACUGGUGUAAAUGGUGUAGCUAAGGAGAGGGAGAGACUUGAAAUUGGAAGGGAGAAAGAGGGAUGUCCCUGCAAAAUGUGCUGGGCCAAUCUUCAGCAGAGAUCAUUUCGGGAUGAGGUGAGUAGGAGAUCAAAAGAACGGGCGUCCAUUCACCAAGAUAAGGGGAGGAGUCCUGGAACGCUGCACAAGGAUGUCAAUGGCGGUGGGACUAAGGUCAGUGGAAAACCAGUUGGUGGUGUGGGAUCAGCUACCCUGACUGCGCUGUCAUCCAUCAGCACGACCAAUGGAAACAGGAGUAAAAAUCCAGCAUCGCACGAGAAGCUACCGUCAUUAGGCAGCAAUAAACCGUCGCGAGACACGACAGACAACAAUGCUAAUAACUCAACGUCGAAUAAUAUUCACAAUGUGCCCCUGCACGAUCCACUCAACACGAGUGUUCACAAGGAUGCUUAUGGACGUAGAUUGCCCAUGACACCGCAAGAAGCCACCAAGUACUAUGGGCCACGGUUAACCGAGUACGAGCGUACAGAGAUUGAAAAAUACUCGGAGAUCUGGUACUUGGGUCUAUCGGCGUGUAAAAUUCAUGGUGAAGAGGGAUCUGAGAACAGCGGUUACGACGAUGACACCGGUAGCUACCACAAAAUUCCCCACGAUCAUAUUUCCUACAGAUACGAGAUACUUGAGGUUAUUGGCAAGGGUAGCUUUGGCCAGGUAAUUAGGGCACUUGACCACAAGACUGGACAGCACAUUGCCAUUAAGAUCAUCAGGAACAAGAAGAGAUUUCAUCAUCAGGCACUCAUUGAAGUUAGAAUUCUCGAUCACUUGAGGAAGAAGGAUUUGGAAGUUGACUCGCAGCACAACGUCAUUCACAUGCUCGAGUACUUCUACUUUAGAAAUCAUCUGUGCAUUAGUUUUGAGCUCAUGAGUUUUAAUCUCUACGAACUCAUCAAGAAGAACAACUACCAGGGAUUCAGUCUCAGUCUGAUUCGUCGAUUGGCAAAUUCCCUCAUAAAUUGUCUUCGACUUUUGCACCGAGAGAAGAUAAUCCACUGUGACUUGAAACCGGAGAACAUUCUCUUGAAGCAGCGUGGUAGCAGUGCUAUCAAAGUCAUUGAUUUUGGCUCAUCGUGCUACAGUCAUCAGAGAGUUUACACGUACAUUCAGUCGAGAUUCUACAGAAGUCCAGAAGUCAUAUUGGGUUUACCAUACGGUACACCCAUUGACAUGUGGAGUCUUGGAUGCAUUUUGGCUGAAUUGUACACAGGAUAUCCACUGUUUCCUGGUGAAAAUGAGAUUGAACAACUUGCAUGCAUCAUGGAGGUACUGGGACCUCCACCCGAGUCACUCAUUGCACUGGCAACUCGACGCAGAUUAUUUUUCGAUUCCAAAGGAAAUCCAAGAUGUGUAGUCAACAGCAAGGGAAGAAAACGACGUCCUGGCAACAAGACAGUGGCAAUUGCCCUACGUUGCAAUGACACAUUAUUUGUGGAUUUCGUCAGCAGAUGUCUCGAAUGGGACUCGAAGAAACGAAUGACCCCCGAUGAGGCGAUGCGCCACGAGUGGCUGAACAGCUCGUCAUCCCACGCCUCAUCAAUGGUCUCCUCAAUAGUAUCGUCAAUGAUCAACUCAGCUGUUGAGCCAACGAAUCAAACGAGUCACGCUCAAUCAGUCAACGUAUCAUCACGUCCACGUGCAACAACACUGGAGGAUCCACAGCAGCAGUACAGCCUCUAUCGUCUAUAUCGUGGUCGCAAGUGCGUGUCAAAGAUAACAGCAAUAGACAGCGGUGAUAAUGGCACAAUGGUGGUUAAAGGUAAAUUAAAUGGUAGUGCAAGUAGUCAUGCAUUGACAUCUGGUACACAGCCAGCUGCAUCGAGGCAUGCAUCAACUGGUGACAUUGUUGCUAGUCUUGAUCCAAAUCUCGAUGAUUCUGGUACAUUUUUGCCACCGAUAUUGUGAGCUAAAGCCACUAAAUCCAGUGUCAGCCACUUUUGAAUUACGACUCAUUUAUUGGCUUUUUUUUACCCCUCUUUAUCGAAUUAAUUUGUUAAUAAUCAAUGCUUGCGUCGGGACCACGAUGAGCCCGUGAUAAAUUCGUGUGUGUUUCACUGAAUUUCUGAGACAGCUCAAUCCCCACGAUAUGUCAGUGCGAGAAAUUAAACGAGGGGGUAAUCGAGGCCAACUGAGAGUAAGGGUGAAUGAUUAUCGUGAGAAAAAUUGAAAUUGAAAGUAAAUAUUGACGUGGAGAUGCCUAAAAUCAAGAUCUAGAGACCAAAGGGCUCCCGGGGAUGAGGUGAAUCGAUGAUUAAUGAAAAAUUAUUAUCACCUUUGACGAUUUAAUUAAGACUGCUAGGUGAAAUAACCACGGGAAUAAAAAUCGUGAGGAUAACAAUCGAGUCAUCAGUUCGAGGGCCCUAAAUUACUGAUUGAGGGAUUUUUUUUUUAAGGGGGAGAUAGAGAGAAUUUACCCCAGUUACACAAGGCCUGAGUAGUCUUAUUGUGAUAUUAAACUACCACUGUCUUACUUAGAUCUCCGAUAAUAAGAAUUAACAGUUAAUCGUAAUUAAUGAAUUAUUUGAUUUCUCUCCGCUAUUAACUUUCUACUGUUGUUAUAGUUAUCUUUUUUUUUUUUUUUUUUCUCUUUUGGUUAUAAAUUUAUUAACAUUCAUUGUCAAUUAUUCUUCUAUGUUGAUAAUUAUGAAUUAUGCAAUCACAGUCACUGCCUGCCACAUGCUCGGUUUAAUAGGGAAUUAAUCUCUUUGUUUUGUCGUUCAAUAAAAAGUCUGCGAGUCGAUUUAAAUUAUUUGCAUGACUUUGUGUUACUUAUGUGUCUCGAUGCAUUUGUUUACUUUUUUUUUCUUAUUUUUUUUUUUUUAAUUAAAACUGCACGUCGCAACUAGGAACAAUUGUGGGAAUUUAAGUGAUGUCGAAAGACAGCGUGACAAGACUGAAAAAAUGUUACGUUUAAUUAAAAUCAUGGUGAAUUUCGUCGAGGGCCAAUUGAAUAAUGAGGGAUAAAUGUGACUUAGAGAUUGGAUAUCAUCUGGGAUUUGAUUUUUUUGGGGUGAUUAUUGGUAUAUCCGUCCUCAUUCGAUUGAAUUGCAGAUGGUUUGAGGAAUAUUCGAUACAAUAACCGCUAUUUCGAAGUAAUAGAUCAUUCGAAAUUGACUGACAUAAAGUAAUUCUAGUUUAAUUUAAUGAAAAAUGAGGGAUUAACGAGGAAUUCUCGAAUAGUUGCUGAAUUAUCAUCAUUUAUUUCCCCAUGUGACAACUCAUCUCAUUCUAGUUGAUAAAUGAAAAAAAAAAUGAAAGAAGUGAAUAAUACAUGUAGCGAAGUUAUAUUUAAUUAUAAGAUUACGAUUAGACGUAAGAGUCGUGUUUACAAUGAAAAACAAAAUAUCAAAAAUCAAGAUAGAAAUACUGGAAUAAACAAAACGGCAAUGUGCGAUGGAGAAACAAAAUUAUGUGUAAAAAAAGUAUAAGGAAUCAGUAAUGAUUAACGAGUUUAACAUGGCAGUGAUUGAAUAGAAAGAAUAGAAUGAAAAUAUAAUGGAUUCAUACGGUAUAUCGUAUGCGUAGAUGUGUAAAAAUCACAAUAGGUAAAAAUUGAAAAAAAAAAAAACGAAUAAAUAACUUGAAUUAAGCGAAUAGCAAGAUACUCUCUCGUGUGUACAGUUUUACGUUUUUAGGUGUGUUCAAUUAUAUACAGCGGGAACAAAUGUAUGUGUACAGGAACUUUAACACGAAAAUUGAAAAAAAAAAAAAUGUGUCUACGUACGUCUAAACGACUUCUUACUAUUUGCAUUAUUGUAUUCAAUACCCUAAGGAGAAUUUCAGAGAAAAUGGCUUUUUAUGGAGAUUAGAAAAUUAUUGUGAGAGCUGAGGAGAUUCUAUUCGUUGAUAACUAGUCACCUUUUGAUGAUGUUGGAACGAUAAUAUUGGAAAUUCAAUUGAAUAGCUCACAGUUGAGAGGACCAGUGAAUUAUUUGACUUGAAUUACAUUUUUAUUAUGCUUGAUAUUCAGUAAUCAUUUAAAAUGGCUAAUAUUUUUUAUUCUCCUCAACUUGUGGAGUAAUCAUGCUCUCGUGGAUGCUUUGGUCGAUAAAAAGAUUUUGAUUAGCUAAUUACAGCUCCUCAUCUCGAUCUGUAAAUCCCCAUUAUUCGAAGAAAAUUAAAAAACGAUAAACGAAAUGAAAUUCUAAAUAAUACGAGAUCUAAGGAGAACCCAUUAGACGCCUAAUAGGACAAUCAAAUACGCAAUCUAGCGUUCUAUCGUCGGAGAUCAUUAGAUUUAAGAUCAUCAUUGAUUUUUAGGAUGAGGGGGGAGCAGAGGCCAUUUUUCUCAUCGAUUUCAAAUUUUAUACAAAAAAGAAAGACUUUGGAAAAGUGACAAAAAAACAAAAGUGCUGCUUCCUCAAUUUUCUCAGUGAAAUUGUUUUCGUGACCAAAAUUUGUUUACCCUGUAGUGGAGAUUAAUUGCUUGUCCUCCAGUGAAUAAUACAAGUACUUGAAGGUGCAAUGGCUCCCGACAUAAAACAUCAGUCUCAUCUCAUAAACGUGCGAAUGGGUAUGUUUUGUAGGAAUAAAUAAGUACAGAUUAAACUGAUGCAAAAAUGCAAAUGCAAAGCUAGAAAGAAAUGAGUGAAUUGUGAUUUGCGGCACAGAUAUUCGUACAGGAAUAAAUCUGUGUGUAAUAAACGUAAAAUAAUCGUCAAUUUUUCACUCCCCCUCCCCUCCAACAUUGAAUGUUGAACUCAAAAUAAUGAAGAAUUGACGAAUUAAUUGAACAAUGUCUACGUAUUAGUGUAUAAAGGUUACGAUAACUAAAGAAUCAAGACGAUUUUCUUUUUUUUGUAUCAUUUGUUCGUUGAUUUUCAUUGUCUUACUGCGUUUGUCUUUCAUUAAUCUGUGUAAUAAAGGUGAUGCAGAAUACAAA